CUCGAGUUUAGAGUAGAGUACGAAGACGUGCGCGCUUAUCUUCACAUAAACAAGACAUCUCGUCAAUUGGUGGUGAUGUGUUGUGGGCAAUCGUGGCGGAAAAUCUCAGAUAAGAGAUGUGAUCGGUCUAUUUAAAGAAUAGUCAGUCCGAAAAGAACAAGAGUGCCGCUGUCAAUCAUGGUUUAAAAAAUUCACCAGUGUGAAUCGUUACGCAGAAACGGGAUUAAAGACAGGAUUUUGGCGAGUUGAUGGGAAAAUCAACCGGUGACCGGGGUGAAAAUGAGUCGACAGAUGUCUCUUGUCAUCACAAACAACAAUUUAAGUACUAGAGAGUGGCUCGUGGGGGUCACUGAUGAGACCACAAUCCUCUCUUUACCCCUCGAAACGAGUGAAAGCAGUCCCUGGAGUGGAAAUUUCGUUCCUCCACCUCCUCGACCUUUAUUCCUCGAUGAAGGUGUCACCCCCGACGGACUCACAACCUGCGAUUUGUGCUCCUGGGCUUGGCAAAAGGAGAAUUCCUACGUUACGGAUACUAAACUUGAAGCUUCAAAUGAGCUCGGAUGGGUCCUCACUUUAGUCAUAGUUUCCCUGGUGUCCGCAGUCCUGGGUGCAAUAGUGAUGAUCAUAGUCCUCCACUGCAAACGAUUGAAAAAUCCCAACGCUAACGUCUCUCAAGUCCCUCCCUCCACCCUGGAACGCAGCCCCGUCUCCGACGACAAAUCCCUCAACAUCCAGAACUUCGCCCCCAACCCCAACAACAUGACCGGUGUCUGGUCCUGGCUGUCGCGGCGGUCAACAGGGGGGCCCUCCCAGCUGGAAAACCCUGCCCUUUCAUUCGUCGAAAACCACUACACCCACAUGGAGGACCCUUACAACAGCGUCGACGACGCCCUUUACGCCGAACUCGAGGGGAAUACCGGAAGUAGUGCUUACAAUAAUUCUGCAUACGCCGACCCUGACGCCCCCUCGUCCAGCGCCCCCAGUAGCGCCUACUACUCGGAUUUGUCCGUGACCACAGUUCCUGAUCGAGCUUACGAAGUGGUGGGGUUGGCAACAAUGCCCGUUUGGGAUGGGGAGAAGGCUCCAAGGCUUGCGGUUAUCAGCGAAACUGUGACUGUGCCCUCGGAUUAUGUGUGAUUAAAAUAAUGAAAAAAUAUGUAUGUAGGUAAAGUUUUUAUUGAUCAGUCACAAAUAAAUAUUUUUACAAAG